UGCUUCCGGAGCAGUGUCCCCUGGUUCCCUCUACCGGGGAAGAGCGACAUCUGGGUGGGCUGGAGGAAAAGAGGAAGACGCGGAAAGGAAGCGGAGGGGAGGAGACCUCUAUCCGGACAGAGCAGCAGCGAGGAGGACGUGAACGCACCGCAGAGGAGGACGCCCCUGCCUCGCUUAAGCCCUUGUGAUCGGACGAAGGACGAGAAACAGACCGACAGCAUGGACACACUCCAUCCAUAUUUUGUAUAGUGCUUGGUCUGAUGUGUGCCUGAGUGUGCUGAAUCUUUGAACCGUAACCAGCGCUGCUCUAUGACUGACCUCCUGUCAGUGGAACUGUCUGACUGCCACGAUGAUGUCAGUAGACGUGACCAAUCGUAAUGGCCCCUCAGCCAAGCCUCCCACUUCGCUCAGCCUGCGCUCCUCCCACAACCAGCUCCUCAGCGGCGAUGUUAUCAAACAACAAGACUCCUCCACGCCCCCCAAGUGCCGCAAAAAGUACGCUCUCACCAAUAUCCAGACCGCCAUGGGCCUGGGGGAAGCGUUGCCGCCUUCGUCUUCACCCACCACGUCUCCGCCGUCCCAACUGUCAACCCCUAACAAUCCUAAACUUGCCAAAAACGGUAUGAACCAGCUUCGUAAAGCCGGGCAGGAUCACAACAAAAACUCAACUGGCCCAGAUAUUAGUGACGAUGAGUGUAAUUCUGAAAGUGUAACAGAUGAUGUCAGUGUUAACACACCCGAUGAACCUGAAGCUCACACCGAGGAUUAUGUAGAGAUGAACCCAAACGGCAACACUGACCUUGAGUCAGAAUCGAAAAGUAGCAUCAACACGGAUGUGGAUCUCAAACUCAACGGCAACUGUGACGUGAACAUUGAGGUGGAGCAAAGUGAUGACAUCAGCAUCCUCUCUGAGAAGGAUAUCAUGUCCCUGAUGAAGGCUGACGGUGAUGAUGUUGAGGAUGAUGACCACCAAGACGACGAGAAGAAACCAUUACUUUUGAUUGAGAAUGAGUCGACAUCUUCAACUGUUGAGCAUCAAACUUUGAGCAAAGACUCCCAAGUGCCCCCUCCACCUUUCCCACCCAGGCAGGCCAGCCCAGAUGACACAGCCCUACUAUCUGUGGCCUCCUGCUCCUCUUCCUCUUCCUCCUCGUCUCCAGAGACAAAGAAAGACAGACGGACCGGUCCAAAGACAGACUGCGCUCUCAACCGUAUCCAAAAUUUGAACCCUAGCGACGAAGAGUUGAGUUGGACCACUUUGUCCCAGGAGAGCAACUCCCCAGAGGAAACAGAUAUCUGGAAUGAACAAUCAUUCCAAACCGACCCCGAUCUGCCUCCUGGAUGGAAGAAGAUCACGGACAUGGCCGGUAUCUACUACUGGCACAUUCCCACAGGCGCUACCCAGUGGGAGAGGCCCGCCGCCGCCCACCCUGCAGCCCCCAGAGAGACAGAGCUCCAGGCGCCGGGUGACCACACAAGCGCUCAACCACCACGUAAACAGUCGCUGGGCUCGCUCAGCCCUUCCCCCACUCCUGACCAAGAGUCAUGUCAGGCUGAGGUCUUCUUCAGAGGCUCCACUCGCUCGGGCAGCACCACCUCUGACAGCUCUGUGGAGCCUCUCCAUGAACACAUCCUGCCCACAUGUGGAUUUGUCAACAGCUGCUACUUUCCUCGAUCCACAUCGCUCCAGGGAAUGUCUGAUCAAGAGUGUACUCCCCAGCAUCAAGACGACAAAGACAAGAGACAGAUGUGGAGUGAUUUUGGCGGAAAGAUUGAUAGUGAGGUGUGGAAGGACUUGCAGGCUGCCACGGUGAACCCUGACCCCAGUUUAAAGGAGUUUGAGGGUGCAACACUGCGCUACGCAUCACUGAAGUUAAGAAACCGUCCAGCUUUGGAAGAAGAUGAUUCCAGCAGUGCCAAUAGUGAUCCUCAAUCAAAGUGUUUUGCAGUGCGCUCUCUGGGAUGGGUGGAGAUGGCCGAGGAGGACUUGACACCGGGGAAGAGCAGUGUGGCUGUAAACAACUGCAUCCGGCAGCUGUCUUACUGCAAGAACGAUAUUCGAGACACAGUCGGCAUCUGGGGCGAGGGUAAGGACAUGUACCUGUUGCUGGAGAACAAUAUGUUAAACCUGGUGGACCCAAUGGACCGCAGCGUUCUUCACUCUCAGCCAAUCGCCAGUAUCCGGGUCUGGGGUGUUGGACGAGACAAUGGCAGAGAUUUUGCAUACGUCGCACGGGAUAAAAACACACGGAUCCUAAAAUGUCACGUUUUCCGCUGUGACACGCCAGCGAAAGCCAUCGCCACCAGCCUCCAUGAGAUCUGCUCCCGGAUUAUGACUGAACGAAAGAAUGCCAAAGCACUGGCAGGAGGCUCUCUCCAGGACAGAAUGCAGGCAGGACUAGACCUCCCUUUGCAAGAAUUCCCCACACCAAAGACGGAGUUGGUUCAGAAGUUUCAGGUGCUCUACCUCGGAAUGAUGCCUGUGGCCAGACCGCUCGGCAUGGACAUACUGAAUGGAGCCAUAGACAGCUUAGUUAGUUCAUCCAUCAGAGAAGACUGGACUCCGGUGGCCCUCAAUGUGGCUGAUGCCACAGUCACCAUCAGCAAGGACAAGGAUGAAGAGGAAGUGCUGGUAGAGUGCCGCGUGCGUUUCCUGUCUUUCAUGGGCGUGGGACACGACGUGCGUACCUUUGCCUUUGUCAUGGACGCCGGCGGCCAUCGUUUUGAUUGUCAUGUGUUCUGGUGUGAGCCCAAUGCUGGAAGUGUAUCCGAAGCUGUGCAGGCAGCUUGUAUGUUGCGGUACCAGAAAUGUUUGGUGGCACGGCCGCUCUCCCAGAAGGCCUGCGGCUCAUCCCCGCCCGGCGACUCUGUGUCCCGCCGGGUCUCGACCAGCGUCAAACGAGGCGUCCUGUCCCUCAUCGACACCCUCAAACAAAAGCGGCCCGUCACAGAGGCACCGCAGUGACCACCAAGCUCAAAAGCACUACCGACUCCAUUGCCGUACCCGAGCAAACUCCCUACUUCCACACGGUCGCCAUGGUAACUACACACAUCGCUGCAG